CUCUCAUAUAAAAACAUUUCUUGGAUGUUGGGGUUGAAUCCAGCGCUAUUUGACGAUAUCUGGGAUACUAGCCGUCUGUCGCAAUAAUGAAUCGUGCGUUAAACUGUCUAUUUUUGUUGCUGCAACUGACGAAAUUAACAACAUCCUGUUCCUGUUACAUGCCUCGUUAUCAGAAUUCUUUCUGCACGGCACACUUUGCAAUCACAGCAAACGUCACUUCCUCCGAAUUAUACUUUCGAGAUGGCAGAACUUUGAGCUCUUACGUCAGAGAAAGUGUCGUUCCGAGUAGACUGGAUCGCCGAGAAUACAACUACGCUAUAGACGUGAUUGACGUGUUUAAAACAUCCACCUCUUUUGAGGCCGCAGACAAUGACUACGUCAUCUCUGAUGCGUUUGACGGAUCGUGUGGAAUCGAACUGUCCGUAGGAACUGUAUACUACAUGACAGGUCACAUCCGGAAUAAUCAUAUGGUCGUGUCCUCCUGCUUUACAACAGCCCCAUUGUCCGAGCUAAAGGCGGGACAGUUGGCAGGAAUCCAUGGCCUGUAUGAAGCAAACUGUAAAUGCAGGGUCAAUGAGCAAAUGCUUGGAAGAUGGAAAAGAAAGCGCAUCUGUCAGGCUCAGUGGUAUUCACCCUGCGAGGAACAACAAGCCGUAUGCGUCAAAAGAAAAGGCGGGAAAUGUACAUGGCGCUUUAUUGCCAGAGAAUCGUGUAUUUUGGAUGACGAGGAUUAAAAGUAGAUUUCAUGUAUGAUAAUGCCUUGCUGUCCUAAUAUAUUUGGCCGAGAUGGGAUUGGUGUCUGUGAUUUUUAGCACUGUUUUUCAUAGUCUCACAAAUGACCACGGAUGUUACGUUUGGACGUCAGCAGAACUGUACCAAAUUGUUUGAGUCAAAUCAAAUUUGUUCUGUAUAUUAUUUUUUUUUUCAAAUUCAAAGGAGAAUCAAUGAAGAAAUUCGAGAAAAACGGGGAAAAUAUAAAAGAUUUACGCCAUGAGAAACGAUUUUCUCAUUUGCUGGGGUUUGAGAGCCUUGUAUCAUUGUGACAUCGCAAGGUACGAAAAGGUGUUAAAUACCCUUCUUCGAGACGUAAAAUAGUUACAUAUUUUAAAUCACGUGACCAGUGUCCUGCCUAUCUUCGAUUUCCCCAAUCGUUUAUCGUGAAACAGGAAAGGAGAAAACUUGUGACUGGACUGGGAAUCGAACCCGGGACAUUUGCAUUACUAUAAUCAGACGAUCUAACCACUGAGCUAUCGAGGCUGAUAGUUCGUAUAGCCCAAGCUACUACAAUCACAUUCAAAAUCGGAUUUACAUUUGCCUGACAAAUUUUUCUCCAAUUCUGACAAAUAAAAAACCUUCUUAAAUCUUAAAAUUUCUAUUCGUUUCGUUUAGAGGUUUGUUUUAUAAUUUGAUUGUAUACAGAUGUAAGAUACAUGUACAUAAUAUAUACAGCCGAUAGAAACUGAAGGUCAUCAAUGUUAAACCAUAGAGUGCAAACUGCUGUAGGUGCAACUACUGUUGGUGUGGUCACUAUACGCAUCCAUAGAUAUUGUUUAUAUAGUGUUGCUCCUAAUAAAAUGUAUCUCAAUGUU